CAGUUUAGUGGACACAAUUGACUUGUAACAAAAAACAAAAACUUAAAAAAGAAAAUGAAAUUGAGCGUAGGAGUUUCAUUGUUGUUCCUUAUCAUUGGAGCUCAAAGUGCGGCUAUUGAAAGUUCAAAAGACGGGGAACUAAUCACGGAGUUUGUAAUUUCUCCCGAUUUUCUGUUUGAGAAUGCUCAAAGAUAUCUUGCGUUUUCGAAAGACGUACAGAGAGACAUUGAUGAAACGUUUAUCACUAUAAGAACUGCGGUUUCGGCUGUUCUGAAAACAGCAUCAGGCACAGCUCUUGAUGAAAUUGAAGGAAAUUCGGUGAAAAUCUUGGAAAUGGACAGUCCGGCAAGAAAUGCAAUUUUCGAUCUAGAUGGAACUCCUUGCACAGACAACUUAAAACAAUUGCUUAACUUAGUAACGGAGUUUUCGGGCUUUGGAUCAAGCAACUGCGUGUCAUUUUAUGAUAGAAAUGUUCAGAAAGCUGUGGACGCUGCUAAUGAACUGUUUCGAGACUUCGAAGGAGAUUACAUGGACAUGCAACAAAUUGUUGUCAGAUCUUUUGUUGGAAAAAAUAUAUUUUUGCAAGCAGAAGAUAUUCAAGCACGUUUUAUACAAGAAUUCAACAGACGAUCUGAAGCUUGGUACGCCGUACGACCUGAAGUUGACGAAUAUAUUAGAACCUUAAAUUCGUCUAUUGAUAACUACAAUAAUGAACUUAGAGUUUGCUUCAAUGAUAUUCAAGUUUCAAUUGCACCAAUUUAUGACAAUUUGGAAGGACAGAUCAGAACAUGUGAAGAGUUUGACAACACUCCAAAUCCAUUUGCUUCGUUUAUGCAUUAAAUUGAAAUUGAGAAAAUAACUUACGAAUAAAUGUUGGUGUUUGAAAUUUAAAAUACAAAUGAUAUCAUCGGCUUGAGAAGAAAUUCUACAAUCGAACAUAAUAAUUCUGAUUGAAGCCUUCAAUAUAUAAUAAAACGAGGCGUAAUUCUAGCGAUUCUAACAACCGUGGGAGUUACAUAAUAAUUUCUAUCAAAAGAAUACUUUCAGUUCUUCAUGUCUAAACCCUAAAUUAAAAUAAAUUCAUUUGCUUUUAGUUCACA